CUGUUACUAGUGCAAUCUAUCCGCAGUUAGCAACAUCCCGCAGACCGUGUCUGACAGCGGUGAGUGUGGCUGAAAUUUGUUGUGUUAGCCGAAGAUAGAACUAACCUGCUCCACUACAAGGCAAGUGAAUAAUUAUGCAGUCCCUCAUUCAGCUCAUUGUUUGUAUACUGGUUGCUAAAGAACUAAAUAGAGCAGAAGCUAUUUAUUGUAAUCGUGAUCCAGAAGACAUACACACACCGAAAUCAAAAAACAGUCCUUUUAGAAUCAGAAUCAGUGGAAACCCUGAUAAAUAUGUGCCAGAAGGAGUCUACACAGUGAGUCUGCGUGGCCAGCGAAGUGGAAGAUAUCAAGCAACUUUUGAAAGGUUCAUGUUGGUGGUUGAACCCAAAGACCACUCUUCAUCAGAAAACAAUGACACUGGAGAUAAAAAUGUGGGAAGUUUUGCUCUGGUGGGGAACACCAUUGCAAAAUACAGCAAUCAAUGUCCCAAUGCCAUCAUACAGAUGUCAUCCUUAAAAAAGGCUGAGGUCAAAGUGACUUGGACAGCACCCCCUCCUGGCAGUGGCUGCGUAGUUUUCAGGGCAACUAUCGUGGAAGACCAUGAAGUAUGGUACAAGGAUGGUGAACUAAGUCAUGAGUUUUGUGAGGAUGAUCAGGAGAAUGAAUUUUACCAGCCUGAGUUUGAUUUUACUUGCUAUGCUUGUGAUGAUGCUCUGUAUGAGAUGACAUUUGAGGGAUUGUGGUCAAAAUAUACACACCCAAAGGAAUUUCCAGAAAAUGGGUGGCUGACUGGAUUCACUGAUUUGAUAGGAGCUUCUCAUUCACCUCAUUACUAUUUCUGGGAGUAUGGCAGAUUUGCUUCAGAAGGCCUGAGAUUGGUGGCAGAAUUAGGUUCCACCCAUGAACUGGAGAAAGAAAUCAUAGCUAAGAGUAAAAAUAUCCGCACAAUAAUCAAGGCACGAGGACUUGCGUACCCCAAUGUGACUGGCAAGACGAGCACAUUCUUCCGAGUAGAUAGAAAACAUUAUCUGUUUUCAGUUGUUUCCAGGAUAGCUCCAUCUCCAGAUUGGAUAAUUGGAGUAUCUGGGAUCAACCUCUGUCUAAAAAAUGGCAGCUGGGUGGACUACAGGGAGUUUGAUCUGUACCCCUUGGAUGCAGGCACUGACAAUGGAAUCACCUAUAUGUCUCCUGAUGAGCCCACUUCACCACACAAGGUAGUAAUCCGCAUCACUUCAAGCUAUCCUAAUGAUCCACGUUCACCAUUCUAUGACCCAUCAGGAUCUAAGGUUCUGCCAUUGGCUCGUCUGUAUCUCAGAAGAUGGCAGUUAUUUGAAAGAGAGUGUUGUAAUGAAAGUGAAGAGAAUUGUAACGUGGAUCAGCAGCUAAAAAUGGGAAAUUUAAAGAAAAAAAAGGAAAAGAGAAAGCAAAUCUGGUUGCCUGAUGACGAGGAAAUAGAUGGAGUUGCAAGUACUUCAGGUAUUAUGGAUAAAUUACAAAAGAAAAGUAAAUGUGAUGACAUCUAUCUCCAAUUCAGAUACAGUAAUACCCCUCAAGUUGGACACCCCUCUAUAUUGGACACUUUUAAUUGGAACUGGCGAAUAUCCUAUAAUUUUACAUAUCCACAAUACCCUAUAUCUUGGACACACCUUUAUCCUGGAACU